AGCGGUGCACUGCGCAUGCGCAAAGCCUUACAGGCCGUGUUCAUGCAGUGCACGGGCGCCGAUAGCCCUGCCGUCCGUGUCCCUGCAGAGACGGAAGCGGCCCUGGAGAUCACGGCCCGCUACUGCCGUCAGGAGAUGGAGGAAUACGGGCGCUGCGUGGCUGCUAGCCCAGCUACCUGGCAGAGCGACUGCCACCGGCUGCGGCUCGGGAUCUCCCGGUGUGCGGCGGCGCACCCGAUCAUACGGCAGAUCCGUCAGGACUGUGCGGAGCCGUUCACCGCCUUCGAGCAGUGCCUGAAGGAAAACCAAACCUCCGUCAUGAACUGCAGCGACCACGUCAACGCCUUCCUGCUCUGUGCCGACCAGGUGAAGCUCUCCACAUGAGAGGAGCCUUGGAAUGAUAAAUCCAUCUUCAGAGGGGAAGGAGAAGCCUUUCUGGAUUCAGGAGGAUCCAUCCUGUGCUCGAUUGGGUGGGUUUUCGCUCCGCUGACAAACUAAACGCUGCCCCUGUGGGGUUCUGAUCACACUAUGCUCAGCUUCAGUGGACAGCAGGGCUCUCGCUAGAUGUCAGAGCGUUCGCUCUUCACUCAUGCGUUGAUGACGCUGGGUUUUGUCCAUCUAAAAACGUUUAUGAGUAAAUAAAUCACAAGACUGUGUUGAAGUGACACCAAAGGAUCAGCAACAACCUGCUCGGCCAGGAGUCCAAAGCUAAAAUCAACCCUUACCUCUCUUCUGCAAUCUUUUCUUCAACAGCUCCUUUGGUAAUUAAGCAAAAUAUUUAUUAUCCCAAUAAACAAACCACUUUGGAAGAUA